UAUAUUGAAAAAAGAGAACUGCGGCACGGUUCUAAAACAGAAUUUCUAAAUAAAUACAAAAGAAAAAAAUAAUAGAAAAUUAUUCUUAUGCAAAAGUGUGAUUUUAUUGUUUCAAAAGUAAAUAGAUACGUAUUAAAAAGAUAAACAUACAUUGAAUUUAUACAAACUGUGCGGUAGACGCGCAAAAAGUAUAAACAUUUCGAUGGUGCGUAACAAAACGCAAUCGACUUCUUCGUCAUCCUCGGGCAAUGCAAGUGGUAGUGCAAGUAAUAGUAGCAGUAGCACUAAAUCUCCUAUCCGCCAGAACAGCGCCAGCAGCAACAAUAUAAACAGUGGAGCGCGUACACACCGUAAAUCUUCUAGUACCUGCAGUGUUGCAUUAGCCGACGACUCAAAGCCAGCAUCGUCAUCUAGUCGGCGCUCACAACCACAAUCUAACAAUAAUACCUCUUCUCAUACCGACGAGGAGACGGACGCAGAAUAUGACAGAACCCCUACUGACGGCGCCCCAUCGAUCAGUUCAGUGCACAAGCAAAAUCUUUAUAUCGUUUCAUUUCCCAUAAUUUUCCUCUUCAAUAUAUUGCGUUCGUUGAUUUAUCAAUUGUUUUGUAUUUUUCGAUAUGUAUACGGGGCUAGCACAAAAGUGAUCUAUCGGCCUCACAAACGAGAGUGUAACAUUGAAAUUGUUGUUGGUUCUAAUAAAUCAUUUCAAAACUCGCGAAACGAAAACUCUUUAAUAAGCGAAAGCGACAAAAAUCAGCUCGUACAAUAUCAUUCGCGUAAUUCAUCUUUGGCUACUUAUCCACUAGCUGGAGGAACUGGAAUUGGUGUUGGAAGUAAUUCUAUAGUAAGUAGCCAACAGCGUUAUCGUUCCGCACAACAGUUAGAUAUGUCGGGAAGAGGAAACCCAUCUAGUUCUCCAGGGCCUGGUGAUCCUCUGCUGGCUAAACAAAAACACCACCACCGUAGGGCGUUUGAGUAUAUUUCAAAAGCACUAAAAAUUGAUGAAGAAAACGAAGGUCACAAAGAACUGGCCAUCGAACUGUAUAGGAAAGGAAUUAAGGAAUUGGAGGAUGGAAUUGCAGUUGAUUGUUGGAGUGGUCGUGGUGAUGUUUGGGAACGAGCACAACGUCUACAUGACAAAAUGCAAACAAAUCUUUCGAUGGCCCGAGAUCGCUUACACUUUUUAGAAUUACGAGAAGAAGAAUUAAAAUUGCAUGCGCUUAAGCUUAGUGAUUCUGAUGAACAAACAAAUAAAGUAUUAGUUGUGCCACCAAUGGUAGUAAAUGGUACUGAAUAUAAAAAUUCUGCAACCUCACGCACGUCUUUAACGAAGACUGAUUCAAGAUUGCCUUCCUAUAAUAUUCAAAAUAAAUUAAGAACUACAAAAAAGUUAGCUACGGAUAGUCAUAAGUCUAUUAGCUGUGCUUCUACCACAACAGGAGGUAAAGUGUCUUCGACAGCUUCGGGCCGCAAAUUGACCGUUAGCUCAAAACGUCCAGGAAAUCUGGCGGUAAUUAACAAAUCCCAAACGUUACCACGCAACUUGGGUUCGAAGAAUGCAAGUAGCACAGCAGUGCAAAGACAACCAGUAAAAACUGCGGCCACACCACCCGCGGUGCGCAGACAAUUCACAUCGGGAAGAAAUACGCCACCGCAACGAGCUCGUACUCCUAUCAAUACCAGUUCCAAUUAUGGUAAUCAAAGCAGUGGUAGUGGCACUGCAGCAGCCGUAACUGUCAAAGGGGUAGAACAAAAAUUGGUGCAAAUAAUUUUGGAUGAGAUUGUAGAGGGCGGAGCAAAAGUAGAAUGGUCGGAUAUAGCCGGUCAGGAAGUAGCUAAACAGGCUUUGCAGGAAAUGGUGAUUUUGCCUUCGGUGCGCCCUGAACUUUUCACUGGUUUGCGUGCACCUGCUAAGGGUUUGCUAUUGUUCGGGCCACCAGGAAAUGGUAAAACGCUAUUGGCGCGUGCUGUCGCAACGGAAUGUAGUGCGACAUUUUUAAAUAUUUCUGCGGCCUCUCUCACGAGUAAAUAUGUUGGAGAUGGCGAAAAAUUGGUGCGUGCAUUAUUCGCUGUAGCACGUGAAAUGCAGCCAUCUAUUAUAUUUAUCGAUGAAGUUGAUUCAUUGCUAUCAGAACGUAGUAGCAAUGAGCAUGAAGCUUCACGUCGUCUCAAAACAGAAUUUUUAGUCGAAUUCGAUGGUCUGCCGGGAAAUCCGGAAGGUGAUCGCAUUGUCGUAUUGGCCGCUACAAAUCGGCCGCAAGAGCUGGAUGAAGCCGCUUUGAGACGUUUUACAAAGCGUGUAUAUGUCUCGCUGCCGGACAUUGAUACGCGUGAACUAUUGUUGAGUCGUUUACUUGAAAAACAAGGCAGUCCACUCGGCACAGAAGCCUUACGCCGCUUGGCAAAGCUUACCGAUGGCUAUUCUGGUUCUGAUCUAACGGCUUUAGCCAAAGAUGCUGCACUUGAACCGAUACGUGAACUUAACAUGGAGCAAGUCAAAUGUUUAGAUAUCAGUGCAAUGCGCUCCAUCACUGAAAACGAUUUUCAGAAUUCAUUGAAACGAAUUCGCCGUUCGGUAGCAUCGCAGAGUUUGAACUCGUAUGAAAAAUGGUCACAAGAGUAUGGUGAUAUAACAAUUUAAGUAUUCAAAAACUAUUACUAAGUUGUGUAGUUUGUGUCAUAACAUAUAUGUAGCGUUCUCACUUGCGAACUUAAAUGCUUAAGGAAGUUCACCUAAACACAAAUUAAAUUUAAGCUGCUUUCUUCGCAGCUGGGUUUAAAGCCUUAUAAUAAUGCUUUUGCUAAUGCCACUAUACUUGUAUUAGUCUUUGAUGGGUUUUUUCUAAUUGUAUCUGUUUUGUUUUCAUCAAACUAUUUUUUUAUAAAAACAAAAUCAUAAUUUAAUUAAUGUCAAAUAAUGCAAAACUUAUAUAACUGUAUGAAAUCUAUAAUAUACUUGUUUUUUUUUUUUUCUUCUUGUUUAACCGCGUACGCAAUUUGUCCUGAGUUGUAGAAAUUUAUGAGCUGUUCAGAAAUAAAAGCGAAAAAGAUGCUAAUGGAAUAUAAUCGAUAUAACGCAAUGUUAUUCAUGUUGCAAUGUUCAAUAGCUCUAUUUUUCAUUUUGAACGUGAUGAGGUUUCAAAGGUGCAAAAUGUUCGCAAAAAGAAUUAUUAACUGUCUUAUUUUUAACUUGCACAAAUAUAAGCAAAUAAUCAAUAACUUUUGCCAAGUUAACAGUACACAAGCGUAAGCGAAUACAAUAUUAAACAUAAUUUUUAACGUUCCCUAUUCGCUAAAAACACAUAAAAAUCGCUUUACAUCUUCAUACUUGUAUAUAUAUAUGUACGUUUUAUUGUAUUAUGUUUAGUGUUAUCUGUCAAUAUUAUUUAGUAUUUAAUAUAACGUUGUUUUAUAUUGUUUGUAUGCCAUUCCAAACACUUAGCUAUGCUUUGAAAAAUAACUGAAUUUAAAUAGCAAGUAAAAAAUAACUUCCAUUGAAGUAUUUGAAAAAAUUGUAUCUCAAAUGAAAAGCUACUGCGAUAAGCUACAUGUUAGUUAUAAGUAAUUGUAAAAUAAGAUAAGAAGAUACUCAAUCUUAAACAUAAUAAAAUUUGGCAAGCUACAA